GUCAAGUGUAUAAUGGACCACAUGAAAAAGUGUACGGAAUGCUUCAAAUAUGUAAAUGCUAUGCGCACUGGAAGUUACUACGAGAAUCUAAAGGUGGGUAAUAAAUUCAAUCGUGCACCACCAAUGUGACCCAAUACGCUUUCAUGCCUUAUGGAUUUCUUCUUAUGUUUUGAUAAAUAUAGAUUUCUAAUCCCGACGAAUUUGAUGUGAUGUUGACUUUGCCGGUCCAGCGGGUGAAUAUUCGACCAUUUGGGGAUGAUGGCGCUUUUUAUAGCGUGGGAUUUAAACGGGGAAAACACUCGCUGGAUCGCUUUCUACAUGAGGACAACACGCUAUCUGCGAGUGGAAUGCUUAAAGACUUCAGAAACGAGGUUAUAAAGUGUUUGAAGGAACACAAAGACAACUUCUGUCAAGACGUGUUGUUGGAGAAGAAGCAGAAGGGUUGCCCGGCAGUGACCUUACAGAUAAACCGGGAGGGAGCUGUCCGUAUCUCACUGGACAUUGUUCUGGGGCUAGAGGUCAGGUCGAGAUGGCCCACUUUCACACAGGAAGGCUUCAAAAUAGACAACUGGCUUGGGACCAAAGUGAAGAAAGAACAAAAGUUUAAGCAAUACUACCUCGUUCCGAAGUAUGAGGGAAAGGGCACGUUGGAACGGGAUGGGGUCUGCGCUAGAGACUCAUGGCGCAUCUCAUUCUCGCAUGUGGAGAAGAAUAUCCUAACUAAUCAUGGCUCCCAGAAGACCUGCUGCGAGACCAGUGGGACUCGCUGCUGCAGGAAGGACUGUCUAAAGCUUCUGAAGCACCUAUUGGGCCUGCUGAAGGCAAAUAACCCUAGUAUGUCCAAGUUCUGUUCCUACCACGCAAAGACCACCCUGCUGCACGCCUGCUGCUCCAGGACCAAGGACAGUGACUGGGAGGCGACCCGGCUGGGACCCUGCUUCCAGCAGCUGCUGGGGGACUUUGAGGGCCACCUGAAAGAAGGCAUGCUCCCCAACUUCUUCAUCCCCACACACAACCUGCUGGGCUCCGGCCACAACCGCAAGAGCUGUCAGCUCCUGGCCCAGCACAUUGAGGAGGAGCGCAACAAUGGUUUCCCCAUCUUCCACUAGUGAGUCGGGACUACCUCAAUCACGGCCCCCUUAGUGACUCAUCCAGAGCCCCAAUAG